AUCUGGUAUUGUUUACAUCCGUCCGGGAAAUUUAAAGAUGGAUCCAAAACAAAAUGUAGAAACCAUUAAAGAUAAAGAGGAGCCUUCAGUUAAAUUGCCGGGAACUAGUUCAAGUAUUCUCUUUGAUAAGUUAAACCGCACAGUCGAAAAGUCUGUUAAACGUGUCACCUCAAAAAUGAGGGUUGUGCCUUAUUUCAAAGAGCACUUUAGAAAUGUUUAUAAAAAUGAUAGUGAAAACUUCCUAAAACUUUCCAAGUCCAUGUUAACAGAACUUGAAUCAAUGAUAAAGGAAGAAAUUGAAAUGCAGUUGGAAACAAACAAUACUGAACAACUGUUAAGUGAUUUGGAUAAAAUAAAACAAACAUACAGUAAAUCCCUGGAACAAAAAUGGCGACCAUCUGGUAAUCCUUCAGAAGAUAUAAAAGCACACACGCAAGAGUCCGCCCAAUUGGAACUACAGCAGCUGGAAAAGGUUCUCUACACACUUGAGUCUCACAAUAAAAUGCUUAAUGAGUGUGUCCGGCAAAGUGAUGAAAAACUUCUACUUGAUAUCAAGACAAUUGAGAACAGUUGUUCAUCAUGGAGUGAGGCUGCAUCUGUUGUUCCAGAAGAAACUAGAGAAAUGCUUUUAAAAGUAAAUAAACAGAUCUUUUAAAAGGUGUUUAUUGUAUGUUUUAUUACGUGUAUAUACACCCAUAUUUAUAUUUAAUAAUUAUGUUUGAUAUUAUAGCAUUGUUAUUUUUUUGUUGUGUUUAAUUCUACACAUUAUUAUUUUAAAUCAU